UAGAGUCUUCAGAUACCAUUGAUCAAGUCAAAGCCAAAAUUCAAGAUAAAGAAGGAAUUCCCCCAGACCAACAACGUCUUAUUUUCGCUGGUAAACAGCUUGAGGACGGUCGAACCCUCUCCGAUUACAACAUUCAGAAAGAAUCUACCCUUCAUCUUGUUCUUCGACUUCGCGGAGGUAUGCAAAUAUUCGUAAAAACACUCACCGGUAAAACAAUCACCUUAGAAGUAGAGUCUUCAGAUACCAUUGAUCAAGUCAAAGCCAAAAUUCAAGAUAAAGAAGGAAUUCCCCCAGAUCAACAACGUCUUAUUUUCGCUGGUAAACAGCUUGAGGACGGUCGUACCCUCUCCGAUUACAACAUUCAGAAAGAGUCAACCCUUCACCUUGUCCUUCGUCUUCGUGGUGGUAUGCAGAUUUUUGUUAAGACACUCACUGGUAAAACAAUUACCCUUGAGGUUGAAUCAUCUGAUACAAUUGAUCAAGUAAAAGCAAAAAUUCAAGAUAAAGAAGGUAUACCACCUGAUCAACAACGUUUGAUUUUCGCUGGUAAACAGUUAGAAGAUGGUCGUACCCUCUCUGAUUAUAAUAUUCAAAAGGAAUCAACCCUUCAUCUUGUUCUCCGUCUACGUGGAGGUCAAUAA